GAGCUGCGGCGCCGCCCGGAGCCGAGUGGCGUUGCACCGGGGGAAGCAUGGAGCCGGAGCCGGAGCUGCAGCCCGAGCCCGAGCCCGGCCGGGCUGAGGGGGGCUGCGGCCCGCCGGGGGGCUCCUCUGCCGGCGGCCGGCGCUGGGCGGGAGGGGCCGGCGGCAACUGGAUGGCGGCGCACCCCGUGUUUACAGAAAUGAUGUCCCUUGAUAUAUCUGACAGUAGUCAAAUCUAUGCCGCGUUUCUGGUAUACCUGGACCUCUUAGAAGGGAGAAACUGGCAUGAAGUGAAGCAUGUCGGAGUAGCAGAACUGCAGCUCAUAUGUUUACAUGCACGUGAGAAAGAGCUGGACAGUCUCCAAGUGAUGGUGCCAGUACCUGUGGACAUAUCAUUAAGCCAUGAAAGGUUAAGAGAAAUCAUGAAGAAAGCUUCUCUCCCAUGUGACAAUCCUGACACCCCACUGUCAGUUACCUUGGCCAUAGUUGAGUCAGAUUCUACAGUAGUCUACUAUAAAAUGACUGAUGGCUUUGUAAUACCAGAGCCUCCUGACAACACUGAAGAUGUGGGCAAUAAACAUUGGAAGAAGAAAAGAAGGAAGCUUUCCAAAUAAUCAAGGCAAACAGACUUUCCUUGAACUACUGUCCUCAAACCAAAACAAAUCCAGGAACUUACAUAUGUAAAUAAGUAGUGUGUAAAACUGUGUUCUGCAUAUCAAGCGUAUGUUCAUGGGGAAUUGAGUUUUGUGCAGUUGCACUGUAAUAAAACACUGUUUGAAAUAUGAAAUGGGUCAUGCUUUUGAGACAGAUUGCUUCUAACUAAUAAAUAUCCUUGUGAGAUGUUUGCAA